AUAUGCUCAUGAAUUGGUGGUGGAUGGCAACUCGCAAUGUUGAGGUGGUAUAUAAGGUGGAAUUUGGUGUGUUGUAGCUCAGUGCGAGACUCACCUUCACAGAACGAAUAUUUGGGUUUGGUUGUGUUGUCGUGUGAAGACCUGAUCAUAAUGCGCUCACUGGCUUGUACUACCGCACUUCUGAUACUGGGGCUUGUGGCAGAGUCCCAAAAUACAUGCGAGUUCGGCUGCCUUUCGGUGUAUAAACCUGUGUGUGGAACGGACGGAAAUGUCUACAGCAACUCUUGUGAGCUUGAACGCAGGGCCUGCAGUAACCCAGGGCUGAACCUAAAAAUUGCUCCUGAUUCCAAUUGUCAGUCACAAAAUUCGUGUGAGAUCGGCUGCCUUUCGGUGUAUAAACCUGUGUGUGGAACGGACGGAAAUAUCUAUGGCAACUCUUGUGAGCUUAAGCGCAGGGCCUGCAGUAACCCAGGGCUGAACCUGGAAAUUGCUCCUGAUUCCAAUUGUCCUGACUUUCCCUCUCAGGAUGACUGGGCACGGUUGUGAAUAUCAGCGGAAGCCUCAUGAGUGCCGCCGUCUAUGAUGCUCAGUUGACUACUAGGAACCUAAUAAUUCUUAAGUAAAAUUGUUCUAAUAAAGCUUGUAGACAUA